CUCCACAUGUCAACCAUUUCCUUAAACAUCUCUCUCACCCUCUAUCGCCGUCAUCCCCUCCCCUCCCCGUCAAAAUUUCCCCCUCGUUUCUUUCACCCUCCAUCCAACAUACCCUUCCAUUUUUUCUCCCAUCUCAAAACUCUCUCCCAUUUUCUUCUCUUCAACCAUUGACGCAGCUAUGUCUGACCUCGCAGAAGACCAACAUGAUUCGUUGAUCGAGAAGAUCACCGAGAAGAUCCAUGGUCAUGAUUCUUCUAGUUCGUCUUCUUCUGACGAUGAAGAUGAAAAGCAGAAGAUAUCGUCGCCGAGUGCGAGUGUUCCUUCAUCGGCGCAUUUUCCUCCUCCUGAAGUUGUUCCCGAGGAUGAGAUGUCUGAGGCUCCUGCUUCUCCUUCUACGUCAUCUUCUAAGACUUUUCACCUUUUUGGCCGCCAGAAACCUGUUCACAAGGUCCUUGGUGGUGGCAAACCUGCUGAUGUUUUCCUCUGGAGGAACAAGAAGAUUUCUGCCUCUGCACUUGGUGUGGCUACUUUUAUCUGGUUUCUCUUUGAGUUACUUGAAUAUCACUUGCUGACUCUGCUCUGCCACAUUUUGAUAUUUACAAUUACUGUCCUUUUCCUCUGGUCAAAUGCUUCUGCCUUCAUCCACAAGGCUCCUCCACGUAUACCAGAUGUCCACAUUCCUGACAAUUGCCUCAUAGAAUUCAUCUCAAUACUAAGAUUUGAGAUCAACUGUGCUCUAUCUGUGCUACGGGAUAUUGCUUCUGGGAAACAGCUUAAGAAGUUCCUUGCAGUGAUAGCAGGCUUGUGGGUUGUAUCAGUUGUCGGGGGUUGGUUUAACUUCUUGACACUCGUUUACCUACUGUUUGUUCUCUUGCACACCGUGCCUGUGUUAUAUGAGAAGUACGAGGACCAGGUUGAUGCAUAUGUUGAAAAGGCAACAAAGGAGCUCAAGAGACAAUAUGCAGUUGCUGAUGAGAAGUUCUUAAGAAAGAUUCCAAGAGGGCCAUUGAAAGACAAGAAGGCUGCAUGAAGAGAGAAUUUAGAGCUAACAAUGACAAGGUUUAUGCUAACUUUAGCCUUUACUACUGUUUUUUGAAUGGUGGUUGUAACUCUUUUUUGAGGCCGCUGCGUUGAAUUGUUUGUUGACAUAUACGAGUUCAUAUUUAAAAUGAACUAGGUGUUUUGUAAGAAAGUUCCUAGUCCUGGAUUCUGUUAAAUACUUAAUGGCUUUUUUGCUGUUCUGUAUCUUGCGUCAGUUUAGCAGAAAGUACAUCACAAUUUACAGAUAAUGUUAUUUUGCUCGACCA